GGAUUUUAAAAGCGGAAUCGAGAGCUGACUCCUGGGUGACCUCAGAUUAUUGAGACCGGGAGGGUCAGCACUUAGUUCUGCGUCUGGGGCUGGAAGUUGUGGGGUGUGUUUGUGUGGUUUAAGGAAGAAACUCGGGGAAAGUUCUCCUUAAAAGACUCCUUCGGUUCCCUGCCCCCUCCCUUUCAACGUGAAAAGUUUCUUAGUGAAAUAUCUUUCCAGCUGAGGCAUUUUGGAUUAAUAGAUAACUCAUCAGCCGCAUUCUUCUCUGAUGAGUCUAAGACCCCAACCUGAGUAAUUAGGUUUUGUAAAUUUAGGGGCGUUGCGGUUGUGGGGAACAGAAGACGAGAGUUUCAAACUUUGCAAUUCAUUAAGUGAUCAUCCAGGCUAUUUUAAUGGAACUUGAACGUCUGAGCGUAAAUUUUGUGGUGGGUCUGUAACAAGGAUAAAAAUGUUGCAGCUGAGGAGCGUUCCUUUGGUAGAAAAAAAAAAUUCAGUAAAUGUAGAAGGGAACUCUAGAACAAACGUUCCAGAAUUUUGUAGUUGAAAUAUUUGUGAUAGCCUGUUCAGUGGCUCUGGUUCCUAUAGGUACGUUGUCUGGAGUCCAGUAAACAAUAUUUUUCACCCUGUCUUUUAAAAGCCCACGAAAUUGACUUCUUAAACAUGCUAAAGGGAAUUUUAGAGUGUAUAUAGAUGCAAGAAAGUAUGCAAUCUAAAUAAUGACCUAUAAAACAUUCUUAUAGGUAUUGCAUCCUAAUGUAUAAGGUUAACAGAAAGGCAAACUGAUUCUAAAGCGCUAGGCUAUUGAUGAUUAUGGAGAUACUACGUUGAGCGUAAAAUAAAACUCUGAUAGUGAAACCAAACACUAAGAAUUUAAUUAGUAUAUAUAAGUCCUCAGCACUUUGUUCCCUUGUAAAGUGGGAACUAUUUUUAAAUGAGGGAGAGGGAGGAGAGCCCCUAAGACCAUGCAAAACAAUGCAAAAUAAAUAACAAAAUGUUACAGUUUUUGGGUAGUGCGAUGUAGGUGAAUUGCUGUGAGCUGCAAGUUGCCUUCCCACCUAAGGAGAUCACCUUUAUUAUAAACUAUUAUUUUGAAAAGCGUUGUUUUCUUGCCAGUUGUUUCUUAACUGCAAGUGAUUGAAUACUACUGACAUUCCUUCUUUCUCAGAGAUGGAGACUUGAAUUGCAAGUUUCGCUUUUUUCUUGAGCCUUACUGCUUUGCUAUUUUCCCUGCCACUGAAAUAAAAUUUUAAAAAUAAGUUUGCUUUUUUUUUAAGUUGUUACAGUUAACUAACUCACCUAACACACCAAGAUAAUGACUGCUUCAGAAACCUUUCUAUAUCGCUUAAAUUGACAAUCUGUUGACUUCUAAGAGUAAGAAUAUAUUAUGUGAAACCAUCUUUCUCCAUUCACCUAAUUGAGAACUUGCAAAUGGGAAGUUAACCAGGUAAACCAAAGAUUUUUUUUUCUUGGUUUGAAUGUUCCCAAACCCUAAUCUACUUGAUAAGAUUAAAGUCACAUUUUUCUGCUUGACCCAUCUCGGCCAAAUUGCCGCCAGCCAUGGCUGUAGUCUGUCCUAUUGUCUUAAUGUAUGAGGUUGAUUACAAGUAGAAUUGCAAGUGAUCUCGGUCCAAUCAGUGCCUCUUACCUGUCCUGUUGCCUAUUAGUGUUCCUUUUCAGGUGGGAAUGGCAAGUAUCAGUUUUAGCAAGAUACUUUUUUAUUUUAAAAAUAAGAUAGUGUAAAAGAUUUCAAAACCCCCAGUUGUGCAAGAGGUGGUGUGUACAAAACAGAUACACUGAAGAAAAGAGAUUUUUACAAUGUUAAAAAUUCAGGAAAAGAAAGUGAGUUGGCCUGAAUGAGCUAGGUAAUUUUGCCCUGAUUCCCUGUUUGGGGUUUCUGUUUUGUUUUUGAAAAGCUCCCAGCCUCUUUUUCCUAACCCUGAAAGCCACAAGUAAAAUAAAUAUGGUAUUUGGUGAGUCCCAUUAAUGUACUCAGCAUUAUACAAAACCACCACCCUGGACCCUUUCCCUGCCCACCCAGAGAUCAGCAAUUUGUUCUCAAACACAUUUAAAAGCCAGGGCUGAGGAUUCCAGUAAACAGAACACACACAUAUAAAAUGUAUAUUACAUAUAAUGACAGGAGGGGAAAAGUGUGUUCUGUUAUAGUUUCUGGUAGCCAUUGUGCUAAUGAGGAAGAGGGUGAGUUCCGUCCUCAUUUAAUAGACUAGUUUAUUUUCAGAGAUCAUCAGGGUCGUCUAGGUUUUCUCUUAUAACUUGAUAAAAUCCAGGUAUUUUUUCCUCCUGUUUUUAAAGUGCGUUCUUUUUAUCUUGUACAUUUUAGCCCUGUUGGAGAGCUGUCAAAGCUCACUCUGAAACAGUGAUGCUGAGACACGUGGUUCCAGUUGGAUAGAAUGAACAGUCUAGGACUUAGAAUUUUUGCAGGUUUUUAGGGGUGGAAGUUUUUGAGAACCUGAGCAGGAGGUAGACUUCUGCUUUGGGUAGUAUUUAAAACUUUGAGGAAAAAUUAAGAUUUAGGUAGCCAGCUGUGUGAGAGAAAAUGCAUCUGGCUUUCUGGCCUCUAGUGUGCUGUGCAUGUGUGUUCCUCUACAGGAUGUUCCUGGAAAGAAAAACCAGUUGUCAAAAGUCCUACUGGGGACUGAGAUGGACAAGGCUUUGGUAUCUGUAUGUGUAGGGCAGUAGAUCAUUUCUUACAUAGCUUUACAGUUAAUAAAAUAGUAAAACAAAUCCUUGAGUUUACCUCUAAUUUUAGCCUAGGCAAUGUUCUCUUAAAACACCCUUGGCAGUUCACACUUGCCCGACUUUACUAAAAUUAAUAAAUGUAUAAGAAUAGACAUAAUUGUCUUAAUCAUUUAAGUUCCAAUAUUGAGAAUUCUGUUAGAGUAGGUAGAAAUUAUUUUUGGUCCCUGAAUUUUCAAAAUGGAGACUUUGGGGGGGGGAUCAGAUCAGUACAUCAUUUGUUCUUAUUUUUACCUUUAUCCAUGUCAUUGGGUGCUUUACUGGCUGAUUACAAAUCAUUUCUAAAAGGUGUUUUAUUAUGUUGAAGCACUGGUGUCAGGGUAAUUUCUCCUUAAAUUGCUUUGACUGAACGUCCUUGUACUUUAAAAGAACUUGGCCUCAUUGGAAUAUCGACCAAAAAGAUGUUUGGCAGAUGUUGGGCAGAAAUCACAAAGUCAGGUCUUCAGAAGUUAAUACAGAUCUUUAGCUCACAUUCCUCCUUUUAAAGUACUUGGUAAUUUUGCCCAAAUAUUGGGCUCAUGAAGAAAAUUGUUAUGUAAUUGGCACAGAAAAAGGGUACCAUGUUAGUUUUCACUCGGCAACCUGGGGUUUUCAUUGAGCGUUCAGAAUAAUCUAUAUUAUGACUUGGGGAAAAAACAGAAUAGUUUUGUAUAAUUGAACCGAGUUUGGAGUCAGUUACUCCAAAUCAAAUCACAUACAAUAAACGUAUGUUUCAGUCAUAAAUAGAAUUUGGUGACAGUGUUUUGGAUGAAAAUGUGGUGACUUCAUAGUAAAAUGAUGCUGUAAGACCAUGCUAAUAUAGCAUACGUUUCUGAGUUAUUUUUCCAGUGGUGAUUUUAAAAUUUCCUUGAUAAACCCUCAUGCUCUCAGGCAGGCAUCUCUUUCUAAUGGCAUUGGUUUGUGGGAUGGAUAGAUUGGCUGGGUAGGGAUUCUUAAUUGGUAAUGCUUUCAGGUAACAUUUUUAGGUUCAUCCUCAUUUUUGCAUUGAGGAUAGAAGUGUUUGACACUGGUCUGGGGCAGUAAAGUAGGAAUUCUUGUGCACUGCCAUAGGGAUAUGAAUUUUUGUUUGGUUUUGUUUUGCUUUUUAGAGCCCAAACUGCAGCAUAUGGAGGUUCCCCGGGCGAGGGGUCUAAUAGGAGCUACUGGUGCUGGUCUGCGCCACAGCCACGUGGUAGCCAAGCCAAGUCUGCAACCUACACCACAGUUCGUGGCAACUUGGGCUCACCAGAUCUUUAACCCACUGAUCAAGCCAGGGAUCUAACUGCAACCUCAUGGUUCCUAGUUGGAUUCGUUUCCACUGCACCACGACGGGAACUCCCAUGGGGAUAUGAAUUAUGGCAGCUUUCUGAAGGACUUUGGCACUAGAUAUCAACAUUUCAAGCCCUUUGAUUCCAUGCUUUUAUUUUAAGAAAUUUACUCUAAAGAAAUAGUAAGCAGGGACAAAGAUUUAUUUAUAGGGAUGAUUAUUAGGGUUAUUUAUGAUAGUGAAAUUUUGCAAAGACUCCAUACUUCUAACAGGGAAAUUGCUAAGUAAAUCUGUGUAUUUCCUCAAAGAAAAUAUUAUGCAGCCACUAAAAGCUACAUUUUUAAAAGAAUGUACUUGUGUGUGUGUCUGUGUGUCUGUGUCUGUCUGGAGUCCAGGUCUUAGCAUUACCUCCCAUGCGGUAGGGGAGAGUCUGACCUUUUAUUUGAGCUUCUACAUUUUAAUUGAGGGGAUAAUUCUUGGGACAUGAAGUAAAAAGCAGAAUUAAAAGUUUUAUGAUGCCGGUUUUUUCAAAUGAAUAACCUAACAUUAAUAAAAACAAUCUGGUAUAUUACAGAUCACUUAUUUACUUUCUGAUGCUUUUCUAUCUUUUCUAAAUUUUUUUCUUUCAUUUUUCAAAGUUUUAUUGAAGUAUAGUUGAUUUACAAUGUUGUGGUACCUAAAUUUCCUGUAAUGAAUAUAGGAAGAAAAACAAAUGUCUUCACUUUAAUGAUUUCAUUAAAUUCCCUUGCACUAUCUGUCGUUGUCACAAAACCAUUGGGUUGGUCACAUUUCGUUUUGUUCCUGGGCCUUGCCAUGGGGAUUGGGCCUCUCUGUUCCUCCUAGCCUUUCCUAGGUUUAUCUCAUUCCUUUAUCCUGCCUCUUUGUAGUGAUCUUCUGCACUCUCCUCAUUCUAAACUGCUUUCUCAGUUUAUCCUAACACACAGUUCAUACUGCUGGGUCCUCUGAUGCCCCAACUGCCUUCACUCUUAAAUCCAAAUUUGACUUUCAAGAUUGCUCCAGGAGUUCCCUGUUGGCUCAGCGAGUUAAGAAUACAGCAUGGUUGCCACUGUGGCUCAGGUUCAGUCCCUGGCCUGGGAACUUUUGCAUGCCAUGGGUGAUGCAAAGAAAAAAAAAAAAGGAAAAAAGAUUAUGUGCCUCCUUACAUACUGAGCAGACCACUUGCUUCAUCCACCCUUUCCCUCUUGGUCAGGCCUGAGCUGCUUUUAAGGCAAAAGUUUCAUCCCACAUCUUGCAGAAUCCCAUUACCUGCAUGCCCUAUCCCAAAGUGACAGUUUUCCUCAGCAUUCCAGGAGCAGGUCUGUUACCUCCAUUUAACUCCCGGAUCAUUACCUUUCAUGUAUUUUGUUUUGUUUUAAAAGAUCUAUGCUGUCUUACCACAGUGUUUCCAAUAUCUAACACCUUCCCAAAGUUAGUACCCUGGCACCAGGUAAGUACCACACACACGUAUACACAUACAAUUCUUUAUGCAUUUAUAAACAUAUGAGCUAUCCUUACUGGUAAGUUGGUGGUGAUGAUAUUGAAUAGGUAAGCUGUCAAAAAGCAGCCAGCCACUUACUAAAUGGCAGAUUGUGGAUGGACCCACUGGGAAGUGACACCCCCCCCCCCCACUUGUCUCCUGCAGCCUCCAUUUGUGCCCACAGGUGAGCCUGCCUGGUCCAUCCGCCAGCCACUGCCAGUGGGAGCUCGCUCGUUUUGAGGUGCAGUUGCCUUUUCACUAUUAGAAUUUUGGUUUCUGCUGUGGCAUUCAUUGGCCCUUUUGGACAGGGGCUUUUGGAAGCUCUGGUUACGUGGAAGAGCAUGGAGCUUCUAAAUGAGCCUGCUCUGUGUGACAGCCACUUUGGAAUGUUUGUGUUCAGUUUCACUUGGCACCUUAGUGUCUGCCUGGGGGUAGGGGAAAGGGAAUGCAAAUGUUCCUCUUGAACAGUACUUGCUUUGGUCAAAGAAAAAAUUUAGGAAGGAAUGAGGAGAAUGAACCUUAAUAACAGCUGGGGCAGAAGUGGCGGCUGCUCUUUAGGCUUGAGGCCAGCUGGGACCAGGUAUUUAAACUGAUGCUGUGUUGAUAGGGGGAUGUCAUCAGAGAUGAGCUUGUAUGUCCUACGAGGAUAACUUGGGUAUGAUUCCUCUAACUCACACCCGUAUCUUGAAGUGUGCGGGAGAAUAUUUCAAACCACCACCGCGUAGUGUGUGUGUUGGGGGGAUUUAUUGGGGACAGAGAGUAGUGCCUGAUUUUGGAGCUUAUCAGAACAAAGUUGCCUAGUUUGUCAUCUUUCCUGAGCACAGAAAAAAAGAUAAUACUGAAAUAUUCAUCCUGGGAAAUUUCCAGAAAUUUUUGUAGCCAUUCUUUUGGGUCCUAAUUAUUUUGCGCAUUUACUCUGUGCCAAGUACUGGCCAAGCACUUUUAAGUUUCAUUCUCAGAACAAACUAAACGGUGAGGGUCAACCUCAUUUUCUGGGGAGGUGACUGGGGUCUUCACGUGCAGAUUUUCGGGGAGGCUGAGACCUGUGCCAGCAUUGCUCCCAGGUUGAGUGGUGAUGGUUCUGUGUGAACACCUAGGAUAAAGCACUGUGUUAAGUGAGGUGGUGGUUUGAAUUGGGAACACAGUUGAUGCUCUGGGAGGAGAGGGCGAUGUCGCUAUAUCAAAGAAAGCUUUUUUUAAAAAAAAAAGUGUUUGAGAUUUUUCCAGAUGAGGAAAGGGUUGAGAUAGAUGGUAAGGGAAAGAUGGUCCAGUCAGAGGGAUUGGGAUUGGCCCUCUGGAAAGAGAGAGGCUUAAAAGGGAAAACAAGCAGGAGCGUUCGGAAAGGGAGGAAGGAUGAAUGGGGGAGGGGGAGGCAUGAUGUGGGGGAUGGGGGCGCAGGAUGGAGGCACUUGAUUUCCUCUCCAGGGAACAGGACCCUUCCUGUGAUGGGAGCCGGGCAUCUGUGUGGCUGGGAUGGUCCAGAGGGAAAGGGGAUGCAGUGGGUUUGGAGGCUAACGCUGCAGGAACCCUGGUCUUGAAAUAAGGUAGUGGCUGGCGGUGCGGGGGUGGGAGGAGAGAUGUUCAGUGGCUACAGUAACUGUCAGAUGCCAGGGCUGGAAGACUAGGAGAUUCAUCCAUGGGGCCUCUUGUAUUUCUCCUUUGGAUGACUAGCUAAACGGUGGUUGUAUUGGUAGAAGCAGAAAAUACAUUGAAGGGCGGGGAGAAAGAAGGCAACUGGCAGGUGGAGAGGUUGGGUUGGAGAGGCAGAGGAGAGGUCUGAUCUUGCAAAGGGAUUUCCAGAACAACUUAGGAAUGUAUAUUGAAGGUCCGUCAUGGCUCAGGCAGUUAAGGAUCCGGCCUUGUCACUGCUGUGGCGUGGGUUCAUCCUUGGCCUGGGAACUUCUGCAUGCCAAGGGUGCAGACAAAAAAAAAAAUUUUUUUAAGUAUAGCUGAUAAUAAUUUUUUUUAAAAAGUAUAGCUGAUAAUCGAAAAGGUGGGUAUGUGAUUUGAGUGCCCAGAAAACUGAAGAGGGAAUGGGAACCCCAGUUCCUAGGAAAACUUGUGAGGGACAGCCACAAAAGACAUAAUUUACUUAAAAUUGAAGCUGUGUAAAACAAUGGAGUUUCACCCCCAAACUGGAAAUAGGAAAAAUUGAGGCAUAUUCUUGAAAACACUCUUUAAUUUAGGAACAUAAAAAACAUAUGGCGUAUAACCUGCCGAGUUAUAAUAGUAUUCAGUAUGCAUAACUGAAAGCCUGAUUUGGGGGAGUUAUAAAAAACUAGGUAUAUAUACUAAAUUUCAUACACUUUUUUUUUUUUUUUUUGCUUUUUUCAACUCACUUUUGUCGGUAGUCUUUGGAAAUUGUUUUCCUCUAAAAUUUGCAGUUAAUUCUCCGACUUUUACUUAAAAUUUUCUUUUCUUAGCCAGUGUUCCUAGAAGGGGCAUAAAAUUUGUACAUGGGUUUUGGAAGGUAAAGGUGGAAGGCCUAAAGAGGCUUGAAUAUUUUUAUAAGAAAUUUCGCCAAAUUGCUUUGUUCUUGUUUGCCUUUGGGGGUGGGGGUGGGGAGGUAGAAUGAGCCUUUAACUAGAACCCAAAGUCUUCUCUUAUAUGGGUCAUAUUUUCAAUUUAUUCAUUUCACACUUUCCUAAAUGUUUGCUACUUUUUCUGCUCACAGCUAAGUGGUCGAGGAAUUUAAGAAAACAGCCGUUGUAUUUGUACUUCUCAUAGGUUUUAACCCUGCUGCAACCAUUAUGAUGCACAUUAUGUAGACUACUAGAGAAAAAAAAAGGAAAUGGCAGUAAUAAAUGCCAAUCACACCAGGAAGAUGGCUCCAAAUUCCAGGCUAUAAUAGAGUAUUGUUACACCAAUUUAAAAUGAAAAUGCCAAGGGAAUGCCAAAGCGGUCUAGCUAGGAUUUUGCAAAGAUAUGUGAAAGCUGGGAGUCCCGAAACUGAGGUGCCUCUCAUGGACCCUUGAAAAGAGGUUAGAGACCAGUUUCUAAUUUCAGUUAAAUCUAUUCUUGUGUGUUGAUUUUUAAAAUGAUCCCUUCUCAGCUCUUCCUAAAUUCUUAGGUCACCAGGUAGAUAGGCUGGCAGGGCCAACAUUAUUCUAAGAUCCUAGAGAUAAUUUUUUUUCUUCCUCGAAUCCCCAGGAUCCUGUUUUGUGAACAUUUCUCUUAGGCCCACCUAUGGGAUGGGUAGUUUUGGCCUCAUGAGGGAAGGGAUCGCACAGAAAGUGCUAUCUUAUUAUAGAAGUACCAGAAUUUCCUUUGUGCUCCGAGGGGAAGUGCUACAGAAGUGUAAUUACUUUACCCAGCAUGUGUGAUUUACAGGACUUAGAAUGUGUGAGUUUCUAAAGGGGCAUCUGUGUUUAAAUACAGAAUCCCUUUAAGCCUUCAGGGUGUGUUUUGGGGCUGGGGAGGGACGGACACACACACACACACACACACACACACACUUCCGUCCUGUGCCUGCCCCUGUUGGGUGACAGGGGACUAAAAAUGUUGGUAAUUGCUUUUCCUCCAGGCCUUACUUUUCUGAAGAAGGAGCACGAGAGGUCCAGUCACUAGCUACUGGGCCAGAUCCCUGUUCCAAUUCUGUCUCCUUUCCUCCCUACUGCCCUUCUAAGCCUGCUUCCUUCAUUUCCAGGACCUCCAAGCAAUGUACAAGCAACGAGGAGGAAAAAAAAAGUUAAAACUAGUACUGAGACCAUUUUUGUUGCACAGAUUUCCUUUUCAGUCAUGUCUUCAUACAUAUAAGAAAAUCGAAGGGGAAAUUGAAGAUCAGGUGCAUCACCAGGUCCGGACCCUAUUUGUCAGUGGUCUCCCUCUGGACAUUAAACCUCGGGAGCUGUAUCUGCUUUUCAGACCGUUUAAGGGCUACGAAGGUUCUCUUAUAAAGCUCACAUCCAAGCAGCCCGUAGGUUUUGUCAGUUUUGACAGUCGCUCAGAAGCAGAAGCUGCCAAGAAUGCUUUGAAUGGCAUCCGCUUCGAUCCUGAAAUUCCACAAACACUACGGCUAGAGUUUGCUAAGGCAAACACGAAGAUGGCCAAGAACAAACUAGUAGGGACGCCAAACCCUAGUACUCCUCUGCCCAACACUGUACCUCAGUUCAUUGCCAGAGAGCCAUAUGAGCUCACAGUGCCUGCACUUUACCCCAGUAGCCCUGAAGUGUGGGCCCCGUACCCUCUGUACCCAGCGGAGUUAGCGCCUGCUCUACCUCCUCCUGCUUUCACCUAUCCCGCUUCACUGCAUGCCCAGGUUCCCAGCCCCCCACCUGCCACAGGGCCGUGCCCCCGCCCUCUCCUUUCCCACCUGUCUCAGGAAGGCAGCUCCAACUCUGCCCUUUGCUUAGUGAGCUCGUGGAUUCAGAUGCACAAGGCCAUAAGCCGGGGAUGCGCUGGCUCCCUCCGUCCGAGGCUACUUCUCAGGGCUGGAAGUCCCGUCAGUUCUGCUGAAUACUGUGUUCCAGGUGUGUGAUGGUGGCUGCAAUCUGUCUUGUGGGUAUUAACUCGAUCUUCAAGUGGCUACUGUUCUUGAGCUGUUCUACAAAACUGGAGCGUGCUGGCUUGAAAAAACCUUGCCCAGUUUUGACCCCUUCAAGACUUUGCCACAGCCUCUAUCACACAUCUGUUUUUCUCGAAGAAAAAAUAUAAUAAAAAGUUUUACUCUUUUACACUGUAUAAUUGUAAGAAAUAGUGUGUUAUUUGUGAACGCAUGGUCUGACAUACAUUUCUGUACAGUUUGGAGAUAUUUUCAAAUGAAACAUAAAAGAUGUCAACGAUAAAACCAAGAGAGUGAGUAUUUUUAUACCAAACCUUUAAGUAUGACAGGAUGGAUGCUCUUACACUGGGUUGGAUCACAUAUUUUGUGCUUGACUUUUGAAUGCUUGUAAUUAAAAAUGUCUAUUUUUUUUCCUCUAACAUAAGCUGCAUGUUUGAGGCAUGUUUUUGAGUAUUAUCAAAAUUUCCAGAAUCGUAUCGUGAAUGUACAGACAUCUCUUUGCCUGGUCUAAGUCAGGAUCCCUUAGCAACGCGGUGUUAGAUGUUAGAACUGUGCUUGUGCUGUGCAGACUCCCAGUUCCAGUAGGACAUCCCUGCAAGACAAUCGAAGCCUCCAGGAGCGUCUAUCUGUACCGCAGUUUCCUCACUGGGCAAAAGCAGCCUCUCCAGAGGACACCUUUUGAAAGCCUGGCAGCUCCAGGGGUGACUAUACAAACAGUAUGCUUAAGUGUUGGGUUUUGCCAUCUUUGGUUUUUCUGACAGCACACUCCCAUGUGUGCCCUACUGGUGCCAACUCCCCCAGUGGACAUGCUAGGAAGGGACGUUGGCUCUGUUAAGCCACCUGUUUCUCAAGUGGUUCUGCAAAAAACAUGGGUUGAACUGAGCUGGUGCUCCUCUGUCCUGGCACCACCAGGCCCAACAACCAUUUAAAAACAGCUCUUGGAGUUCCCCUUUUGGCUCAGCAGAUUAUGAGCCCAACCAGUAUCCACGAAGAGAGGGGUUCGAUCCAGCGCUGCUGUGAGCUGUGCUGUAGCUUGCAGAUGAGGCUCAGAUCUGGCAUGGCUGUGGCGCAGGCUGGCAGCUAUACAGCUCCCAUUCGGCCCCUAGCCUGGGAACCUCCAUAUGCUGCAGGAGCGCCCUAAAAAGGAAAGAAGUAAAAAUAAAAAAAGAAAACCUGAUCUUAAAUCCCACAUGCUCACUGUGACACUACCUACCUACCAUACCAACCCAGGGAGAGAGGGCGCAGCCAGUGGGCAUCUGGAAUGAAUAACAUGUCAUCUUGCUUCAAGACUCCAUCAAAGCCAGAGUGAGUCUCGUGUCACGCACGACACUUCCCAGAGUCUACGGCAGCUCAUUCUCUCCCCAUUGCUGUAAAAGAGCCAUGUGUAAAGUGUAUUUACCUAAGAAGUUUCUGAUAUAGCUAAACAUGAUCACAAGCUUCCCUACUGAUCUGCUCACACAGUGUGAAGAUUUCAAUGUUUUAAUGAUUAUAUGGUUGGUAUUGGGUUUUGAGUUUAUUUUUCACUAGAAACAGAUGUCAAGAAGCUUGUAAAGGUCAUCACAUACAACAAGAACAGCCAGGGUGAGGGGCUCUCACCCUCAGGACAAAUGAGGGGAGGGCCAUCUCUGCUGUGCCCAAGCCCUGCUCUGGCCUUCAGCGGCAGCACAGGCUUCAUGAUGACCCUGCCUGUCUCUAAGGAAAGCGUCCACACAGUCUAUUAUGCUUUUAUAAAUUGUUUAAAGGUACUUUUCUAUUGUCAUUUUUAAUAAAGUGCUAAUUCAGCUGUCA